AUGUCAUCGAAACACUUUAGAUUUCCAGUAUUUGGUCAAGUCGACUACUUUGGUCAACCACAACACUCGGCAGCUUCAUAUACACCAUCAGAAGAGAAACAAAGAACAACUGAUCCAAUUGUAACAGGUUCAUCUGUUAUUGCUAUCAAAUAUAAUGGUGGAGUUGUUAUGGGAUGUGAUACAUUGUGUUCCUAUGGUUCGUUGGCCAGAUUCAACAAUAUCCAGAGAGUCAAACAGUUUGGUCCAAAGACUAUCGUUGGAUACAGUGGUGAACACAGUGAUUUCCAAUCGAUCACUCAACUUCUAGAUGAUUUAGUUAUUGAUGAUCAAUGUAUAGAUGAUAAAUCUCAACUUAGCACAGAGGAGAUCUGGAAUUAUUUGGCACGUGUACUUUAUAACAGAAGAAACAAAGUCGAUCCAUUGUGGAAUAAUCUCGUAGUUAUGGGAUUCGAUAAGAAAACAGAUAAGAGCUUUUUGGGUAAGGUAGAUCUCUAUGGUACAUGUUUCAAAGACGAUUAUAUUGCAACUGGAUACGGUCAACACAUUGCUUUGCCAUUGUUAAGAAAGGCUUACUCACCAGAUAUGACUUUGGAGCAAGCACAGAAAUUGAUUACCGAUUGUUUGCGUGUUUUGUUCUACAGAGAUGCAAGAUCAUCAAAGAGAGUUCAACUUUCAUACGCCAACGCCAACGGUAUGGAAAUCUCUGCACCAAUCGAAUUGGAAACCUACAACUGGGAUAUCGGUGAAGCCGCUGUCAAGUCAUUCGACCAAGUUUAA